ACGACUCACCCCGAAACGCGUCGACGCUCUCCCUAACUUCUCUUCUGCUUCUGCUUGUCUGCUGGUGAUAACUUCCUGAAUUGCACAACAAUGCCAACACAAAACCUCUCAGACGCAUACAUCCAACAACAAGCCGCCGCAAUGCACCUCGACUCACCCCCACCCCCCGUCUCACCCCUCGCUCGACCCAUCCUCCACGUCGAAUGUGCCCUCCACCCCCACUCAACCUGCCGUUUCGACACCGCCCUCCGUCACGUCCACACCUUCCUCACCGAUAACUUUGCCACACUGACACUCGAUACCGAACUACGUGCCCAAGACGGGGAUUUUGAGGAGGGUGGGUUCGUGAGGGAACAUGUUGAGAAGAUACGUGUUGUCGAGGUAACAGGACUGGGGGAAGGUGAUGGAGAGGAUGGGGGUACGGAGAUUGUGGGGUUGGAGGGGGUCGAGUUGGAUAUUCAUGUUUACCAGCUCAACGACGACACAACCACCUCAUCCUCAACCCAAUCAACCUCUGACCCAUUCGGGCUAUCUGACGACAACGAUGACGGGGACGAGGAUGAAUGCGCAAGUGCGACGGUGGUGGAGUUACCGAGUAGGAGUCUGGAAGGGUUGUGGGAUAGUUUGGUGUAUGAGGGUGAUGUGAAGGGAAAGUUGUUGAGGUUUGUUAGUACGUUGAUGUUGUUUUCGGACUGUGGGGUUGAUUUUAAUGUCUGUUCGUGGAAUCGGUUGGUGUUGUUGCAUGGGCCGCCGGGGACGGGUAAAACCAGUUUAUGCCGUGCCCUCGCACAGAAACUCUCCAUCCGCCUCUCGAAACGCUUUUCACACGGUAAAUUGAUCGAGAUAAACUCUCACUCACUCUUCUCAAAAUACUUCUCCGAAUCCGGGAAACUCGUCGGGAAACUCUUCUCGCAAAUCACUUCCAUGGUGGAAGACGAGGAUUCCUUCGUGUGUGUGCUUAUUGACGAGGUUGAGUCGCUCACCAGCGCUCGGAAAGCUGGGUUGGGGAAUAAUGAGCCGAGUGAUGCGUUGAGGGUUGUUAAUGCCUUGCUUACGCAGUUGGAUAGGUUGAGGAGGAGGAGGAACGUGCUUGUCCUCACGACGAGUAAUUUGUUGGAGGCGAUGGAUCCGGCGUUUGUUGAUCGGGCGGAUAUUAAGCAAUACGUCGGAGCGCCGAGUACGAAUGCCAUUUAUACGAUUCUGAGGAGUUGUGUUAAUGAGAUGAUCAGGGUUGGGAUAGUGUCGUCUCCGACGCCUAUACCCUCCUACGCCGAAGCCUCGAUCGGGUUAUACUCCCAACCUAAUGCCCCAGCCUCGGUUCUCUACAAUGUCGCGAGUGAAUGUCAGGGGAUAGGAAUGUCGGGAAGGGCAUUGAGACGAUUACCGGUGUUGGCGCAUGCGAGGUAUUUGCAGGGGAUGGGGAGUAGGGUUGAGCAUUGUUUGGAGGCUUUGGGGAGGGUUGUCAGGGAGGAGAGGGAGGUUAUGGCGAGUAUUGAGGCGGCGAGUGGGAGCAAGUGAACGGCGUAAAGCGGAAGAAACAGGAGGAUAGGACGCAAUUGUUGCCACGAGAACAAUAUAAGAUAGAAAUGUAGGACGGUAUAUGCAUUUCUGAAUGG